GCCUUUCAUCAAGUUUAUCUGCCACACAGCCUCCUACCUCACCUUUCUGUUCCUGCUCCUGCUGGCAUCACAGCAUAUAGUGACUACAGAACCGGACAGACAGGGGCCCGCACCUACUACUGUAGAAUGGAUGAUACUGCCCUGGGUACUGGGUUUUAUCUGGACAGAGAUCAAGCAGAUGUGGGAUGGAGGGUUCCAGGACUAUAUACAUGACUGGUGGAACCUCAUGGACUUUGUAAUGAACUCUCUGUACCUGGCUACUAUAUCACUGAAGAUAGUGGCCUACACCAGGUACAGUGGCUGUAAGCCCAGGAACCAAUGGGAGAUGUGGCAUCCCACCCUGGUAGCUGAGGCUGUGUUUGCCAUUGCCAACAUCUUCAGUUCCCUUCGUCUCAUCUCCCUGUUCACAGCCAACUCCCACCUGGGACCUCUACAGAUCUCCCUGGGACGCAUGCUGCUGGACAUCCUCAAGUUCCUCUUUAUAUACUGUCUGGUGUUGCUGGCGUUUGCCAACGGGCUGAACCAGCUCUACUUCUACUAUGAGACCAAGGCCUCAGACGAGAGGGGCAAGUGUAAAGGCAUCCGCUGUGUGGAGCAGAACAACGCCUUCUCCACGUUGUUUGAGACGCUCCAGUCUCUGUUCUGGUCCAUCUUUGGUCUGAUCAGUCUGUAUGUGACCAACGUAGACGCUGACCAUCAGUUUACAGAGUUUGUAGGGGCCACCAUGUUUGGAACCUAUAACAUAAUCUCUCUGGUGGUUCUACUAAACAUGCUGAUCGCCAUGAUGAACAAUUCCUAUCAACACAUCGCUGACCAUGCAGACAUUGAGUGGAAGUUCGCAAGGACCAAGCUGUGGAUGAGUUACUUUGAGGAGGGCGGUACUCUACCUUCUCCUUUCAACAUGGUGCCCAGUCCCAAGUCAGUGUGGUACCUGGUGUGUUGGACCAAGACUCAUAUCUGUAAGAGGACCCGCUCCAAACCAACUGACACCUUGGGCACCCUGGGGACGCGAGCUGCAGAGAACCUGAGGAGAAACCACCAGUACCAGGAGGUGUUGAGGAACCUGGUGAAGCGAUAUGUAGCAGCCAUGAUCAGAGACGCUAAGACAGAGGAAGGGCUGACUGAGGAGAACUUUAAGGAGCUGAAGCAGGACAUCUCUAGUUUCCGUUACGAGGUGAUGGGUAUGAUGAAGACGGGUAAACCUGGUCUGGGUGGACCGGGGGGUGUUGGUCUGGGUGGACCGGGGGGUGUUGGUCUGGGUGGACAGGGGGGUGUUGGUCUGGGUGGUCCGGGGGGUGUUGGUGGGGGUGGAGGAGGUGCGUCCUGCCUAGCCUACCCCGACCGGCCCCUUAAGGUCCCCACCACCCCUACACCUACGCCCCCAAUUGGCCAGCUGAAGAACAACAAGAUGACACUGUUCAGCGUCACCGCCUCCAUCAUCCAGCAGAGCGGCGCCACAGCCUCCUCUCCUCGGCUCCCGGAGGGACUGGCCUUCAACGGGCUGGGGCUGGCUAACGGCCUGGCCCCCCUGCCCUCCGAUGGUGGUUCCUCCGGAAGCUCCAGAGACAAGCAGGGUCAGAGGAAAGACUUCCCCAGGGACAUCACUGAUUUUGGGUUGUUCCAGAAGCGCCAGAGGGGUGGAACCGGAGCUACAGGGGUUGGGGCUGGGAAUAUAUACUCUGUGUCCGAGGAGAUGGGGGAGACAGGAGAGUCGGACGGGGAGGGAUGGAAGGGGGAGGCAGGGGGUGAGGAGGGCAAGGGACUGUUUGAGGAUGGAGAGAUGGAGGAAGAGGCCGGUGGAGAGAGGGCGAAAGAGAGGGAAGUGGAGGAUCUCUGUGAUCCCUUCCUCCUCUCUAUCCCUUCAGGAUCUCUGUGA